GGAAUUACGUAAUCAGAAAUAUUUUUUUCUGUUAGAGCUUCUGGGUUUCCUGUCAUGCGUAGUAAGAUCCUUUGUACCUUACUACACUGUUACAUAAACUCCUAAAAAUUAUUUUCAUAGUUUUUGGGGUUUUAAAAAUAUAUACAUUUAAAUGUUCAGUGCUGCUGGAAUUUGUCUACUCUGAAUAGUAUGUGAUGGAGAUCUAGUUUGCUUUGUUUCCGGUGGAUGGCCAUUUGUAUCAGCACCAUUUAUGCAAUGAAUGUCUUAUGGACACUCAAUUGAAUACCACUUUUGUCACAUGUAUAGAUCAGUAUUUUCUGGUAUGUUUAUUGUUUUACAUGUUUUAUUUACAUUAUUUUCUAUAUUAGGGCUUAAUAUCUGAUAGAGCAUGGUAAUUGCUGAUAUGUAUUGCAUGAUUCUCAUGUGCCAGGGAGGUGUUGAGUGUUUUACAAGAAUCAUCUCAUUUAAUUUUCAUAACUAUGACCUAGGCAUUUGAUCCUCAUUUCUGUAACUAAAACUGAAGUAACUUCAUAUUCUCAUAGCUGAAAGGUGGCAGAGCUGCAAUUCAAACCAGCAGUAUUGUCACUCCAAAUCUCAUGGUCUUUCCCAUAUUUCACCAUAACUAAUACCUAUUACAUAUUUUAUUAAGCUUUGGAUGCUCUUCAGCACUGGUUCUCAGAGCAUAGUCCCUGCACCAAGAAUGUCAGCAUUACCUGGGCACAGGUUAGAAGUGAAAAUUCUUAGACCCUACCUUAGACCUACUGAAUCAGAAACUGUGGUGAUGAGGCUUAGAAGUUUUAACUGUGCUUUAACAAGCCCUCCAGGUGAUUUGAAUACAUAACCAACUAUGGGUAUCUAUUGAGAAUGAAUGCUGUGGUUUGUAGCUCAGGGACCGGCACCUUGGUGUAUCCAGGAAGUGUUCAUGUGGUAAAUGUUUUAUGACUGAUUAUGUAGACAUUAUCUUCCCAGGUUUCUUAGUGUCUCUGGGGAGCGCCUGGCCCAGAUCUUCCUCCAGAAUCCAGCCCACUUCUUCCCAGCAGCUCUGCGUGAGUUCACAGAUGACCACUAAGCUUCAGGCUUCCUAGAGAACUAGGGUUUUGACCCAGUUGGUCAUGCCAGCUAAUUGGACCCCACCCCAUAUAUCCCCAGCUCUGGCUCCAGAAGAUCAUGGCAGCUCAUACGAGGGAUCAGUGUCCUUCAGGGAUGUGGCUAUAGAUUUCAGCAGAGAGGAAUGGCAGCACCUCGACCUCUCUCAGAGAAACCUUUACCAGGAUGUGAUGCUGGAGACCUACAGCCACCUGCUCUCAGUGGGGUACCAAGUUCCCAAAGCAGAGGUUGUCAUGUUGGAGCAAGGAAAGGAGCCAUGGGCAUUGCAGGGUGAGAGUCCACAUCAGAGUUGUCCAGGAGAAAAAUUACUGGACCAUAAUCAAUGUGGAAAAAUCCCAAGUUAUAAACAAACAUCCCCUCAACAUCAGAAAAUAUAUACUGGAGACAACUUCUACAAAUGUGCCAAAUUUCAAACGGUCUUCACCCAAAAGUUACAGUUCAAGGUACAUCUGAAAGGUCAUACAGGAGAAAAACUGUAUGUAUGUAUUGAAUGUGGCAAGGCUUUUGUGCAGAAGUCAGAAUUCAUUACACAUCAGAAAAUCCAUACAAGAGAAAAACCCUAUAAAGGCAAUGAAUGUGGAAAAUCCCUUUUCCAAGCAUCUUGUCUCUUUAGGCAUCAGAGAAUUCAUACCAGAGAAAAUCUCUGUGAAUGCAGUGAAUGUGAGAGAGGUUUCCCUUAUGACUCAGAUCUCCGUGUACAUGAGAAAAUUCAUACUGGACAGAGACACCCUGAAUACAGAGAUUGUGGCAAAGCCUUCACACAAAAGUCCACCCUCAAGAUACAUGAGGAAAUUCAUACGAGGGAGGGAUCCUAUUUAUGUAUUGAAUGUGGACAGCCCUUCAUCCAGAAGACACAAUUGACUGCACAUCAAAGAAUUCAUAUUGGAGAAAAACCAUAUGAAUGCAGUUGCUGUGGGCAAUCCUUCAUUUCCAAGUCCCAACUUCAGGUACAUCAACAAAUUCACACAAGAGUGAAGCCCUAUGUAAGUACCAAAUUUGGGAAGGUCUUCAAUAAUAGUUCCAACCUCAUUACACAUGAGAAAGUUAAAAUUAGAGAGAAAUCCUUCAUAUGUACAGAAUGUGGGAAGGCAUUUACCUACAGGUCGGAGUUGAUUAUACAUCAGAGAAUUCACACUGGAGAGAAGCCUUAUGGGUGCAGUGACUGUGGAAAAGCCUUCACUCAGAAGUCAACACUCACAGUGCAUCAGAGAAUUCAUACGGGAGAAAAAUCAUAUGUAUGCGUGAAAUGUGGGCUAGCCUUUAUCCGGAAGGCACACUUGGUUGCACAUCAAAUAAUUCAUACUGGAGAGAAACCUUAUGAAUGUGGUCACUGUGGAAAAUUCUUUACUUCCAAGUCACAACUCCAUGUGCAUAAACGAAUUCACACAGGAGAAAAACCCUAUAUGUGCAGUAAAUGUGGGAAGGCUUUCACCAGCAGGUCAAAUCUAAUUACACAUCAGAAAACUCACACAGGAGAGAAAUCCUAUAUAUGUUCUAAAUGUGGAAAGGCCUUCACUCAGAGGUCUGACUUGAUUACACAUCAGAGAAUCCAUACUGGAGAGAAACCUUAUGCAUGCAGUACCUGUGGAAAAGCCUUCACGCAGAAGUCAAACCUCAAUAUACACCAGAAAAUUCAUACUGGAGAGAGACAAUAUGAAUGCCAUGAAUGUGGGAAAGCCUUCAACCAGAAAUCAAUACUCAUUGUGCAUCAGAAGAUUCACACAGGAGAGAAACCUUAUGUAUGCACUGAGUGUGGAAGAGCCUUCAUCCGGAAGUCAAACUUUAUUACUCACCAGAGAAUUCACACUGGAGAGAAACCUUAUGAAUGCAGUGAUUGUGGAAAAUCCUUCACCUCCAAGUCUCAGCUCCUGGUGCAUCAGCCAAUUCACACAGGAGAGAAACCCUAUGUGUGUGCUGAGUGUGGGAAAGCCUUUAGUGGCAGGUCUAAUCUCAGUAAACACCAGAAAACUCAUACAGGAGAAAAGCCCUACAUGUGCUCUGAAUGUGGGAAGACUUUCAGACAGAAGUCAGAGUUGAUUACACAUCAUAGAAUUCAUACUGGGGAGAAACCUUAUGAAUGCAGUGACUGUGGGAAAUCUUUCACUAAGAAAUCUCAGCUCCAAGUGCAUCAGCGAAUUCACACAGGAGAGAAGCCUUAUGUGUGUGCUGAGUGUGGGAAGGCCUUUAGCAAUAGGUCAAAUUUGAAUAAACACCAGACAACACACACUGGAGACAAACCCUACAAGUGUGCAGUCUGUGGGAAAGGCUUCUUUCAGAAAUCGGUGCUCAACAUGCAUCAGAGUAUUCACACUUGAGAUAAAGAGAGUGAGAAAACCUCACUGAGGACAGGUUUGAUUGUAUAUUAUUGAGUCCAUGCAGCAGGAAAAUAUGUAUAUUGUUUGAACUAGAAAUGCCCACAUCAGAAUGUCACACAUUAUUGUUUAGAAAAGGAUGUCUGAGAAAGCACUGAAUCAGGUGAGGGAAGCUUCCCACAUUGUCACUAGCCUCAUUAAACCUUGGAACAUUCAUCCUGAGAAGGAACCAAGUCAAUUGGGUUGAUUAGAAAAAACCUCAAAAAAAAAAAAUAGAGAGAGAGAGAGAGAGAGAAAGAAACAGCCUUCUCAAGAAAACUACAAUAGAACACCAUUACCAAAUUCUUCAUAAGAAAGAUUAUAUUAAGUUAGGUUAAAGAUAAUUCUGUUUCCUGUGGAAUAUGUACAGUGCCAACAAACUGAAUGCUAAAACAACAUAAUAUAUAUGGUGGUGAUAAGUCCUAUGUUCUGUAAGUUGUUUAUUGCAGAACACAUUGUCUGAUAGAAUUGUGGGUGAUUUUUCAUUCUUUUUUUGAAUCUAACACAGGUGUGUGUAUCUAAUUUGCCAUUGCAUAUUUUUAUCAAAAAAGAGAUACUGCAAUAAAAAUAUUCCUUGUGUAUACAGA